AUGUCUCGUGACGACUUGCUAGACCGAGUUCUUUCACUACUCUCGGCUCACUCCUGGCUAUAUACAUUCAAAUGGACUGAGCUCCUGUCAUGCCCAAAUUUCAACCCUAUUGAAGCAUGUCCAAAAGAUUGGUCAGACGCUUUGUGCAACGGAAGAAUAACUGAUCUGCAACAAUUUAUUAUCAGCGGUCAAACUCCAUCGUCUUGGCCGGAGUCCCUUAAAGCAUUCGCUUCUCAAUGCUUGACCUUGACUCAAGAACUUAUCCGUUCAGCAACCAACACACCUCCUAUAAUCGAUUCAUCUGCAUCUCAGAGUGCAUCCAAUGGCGUUUUGAGUCUUAAUAAGUCAGCAGGUUAUCUGUUCUACAACAUUGAACCGGCGAAGGCAGCUCCACGAAAAGUUAAACAGAAAAAGCAUCAUGAGACUGAAAUCAUGUCUGCAUUUCUCUGUGAUCUCCUCCAAAAUUCAGCGAUAAUUGCCUGUAAUCCUUGCGAUAGUGAUAAGAUGAGCACUUUUCAAACUGCUCCUUUCGAGUGUCCAAUGGAUUCACAAAACAUGCAACUUUAUCGGAUUGAGCUUUCCUUAUUACCCAUGGCUUUCGUUGACCUUGGUUCUGGUCUCGGUCAUCUUCCACGACGAGUAAUGCAACGUCUUGGAACUAACUGCUCAAAUAUUCGGUGUAUAGCCGUGGAAGCCGAUCCUAAACUUCACUCUACUGCUUUGAAUAUGGAAUCUAAAGAACAAGAACCUAAAAAGCGACUUAUUCGAGUUUUAUCUCGAAUUGAAAAGUCUAAUAUCGACCAGUUUAAAGGACAACUUUCAGAGGUACUAAAUGCUGAUGAUCUGGAUGGAGGUUAUAUUCUCUGUGGACUUCACUGCUGUGGCGACUUGAGUGAAGCAGCUCUGAAAUUGUUUCACGUGGAUUCAAAUGCACAGGGCAUUGUUCUUGUUGGUUGCUGCUACCAUAAAAUGUCCCUUCGAGAUUCUGGGUGUCAAAACUUUUCUUUUCCUCUCAGUUUGAAGUUGCGUUCUGCUCUACAACGUUGCCCACCCUCAGCUGAAAAGUCUCUAAAAAUGACCGUAGCACUGCGGUUAGCAUGUCAAUGGUCUCCUCAGCAGUGGUCACACUGGACUCCCUCUGAAAUCUAUGAACACCGGGUUCGGGUUUUCAUUCGAUCCCUUCUUGAAGUUCACCUCAACCCUCGUUCAGCCCCGUUGGAAAAUAUUUCUUCACUUAAACGCCUUACACGUCUUCCUCCUGUUAUUACACUCCCAAGUCAAUCAAAUCUGAAUUCUAUUAAGCAACCACUACCAGAGCUGAAUGACCACUGGCGAAGUCUGGAAGCGAUCGCAAAGUCCGGUAGUACUGCACGCGUAGAUGUAGAGGAGUUGAUUUGGUUGACAAAAGGUGGCGACAAAGUAUGGGAUCUUUUGCCGGGGCUGACAGCAUUGCAGCAGCUUAUUCAGCCCCUACUUGAGGCAUUAAUACUUGCGGAUAGGCUGUGGAGUUUGGAAAGCUGUUCGGAGGUUGGAUAUGCAUCACUUGUGAGGCUAUUUGACCCUUUCCAAUCACCGAGAUGUAUGGCGCUUGUGGCUGUGAAAAAGACUGUCUGA